CUUGCGCUGAUGACUGUCGAGCCAACAAUCACAUCUAAACGAUAGAAGGCGUCCUUGACAUGUAAAUUUGAGGGUAUUAAAUACUUUGAAGUGUAUAUUACAACUUUUAUCGCACAUACACUCGUAAGUCAAAAACACCUGUUGGUGGAGCGGAAGGAUCAACAACGAUGAUGCUGGCCAGGGUCAUUGGAAUCUCAACAGCGAAAUAUGGUGUGUCCAGGUUUGUCCGAAUGUCCACUACUCCUCAGGCCCCAAACCUGGAUGACAUCAGAGAUCUGCUGAAGAAGUACCCAGGGGGCAGUGUUGACCUUGACCUUGACUCCACGUCAGGCAUAGCAGUCCUCUCUCUCAACCAUGUGAACAAGAUGAAUGCUAUGUCAGGUCAGAUGAUGGUAGAAUUGACUGAUAGAGUUACUGAACUUGAGUCAUGGUCAGAAGGUAAAGCUGUAAUCUUCACAGGAGCUGGCAACACAUUCUGUUCUGGAGGAGACCUUUCCACUGUGAGAGGGAUUUUUGAUCCUGAAAAUGGUAACCAAAUGUGCUACUACAUGCAGAACGCAACAACCCGUUUCUGGAACUUGCCUUUGUUGACCUUUGCCCUUAUUAAAGGGAGAGCACUUGGUGGUGGUGCAGAAUUGGCUACAGCAUGUGACUUUCGACUGAUGUCUUCAUCAGCCAAACUGGGCUUUGUCCAAGCCAAAAUGGGAGUGACUACUGGAUGGGGAGGGGGUACUAGGCUUGUGAAGCUGCUUGGCAGAACCAAAUCUCUUAGUUUACUGUGUAGUGGGCAAGUGCUAGAUGCAAAGACAGCCCAAGAAAUAGGCCUUGUGGACCAUGUGUUGGAAGAUGUGGAGUCUGAACUGACUGAUGUCAAGAGACUGAUAGCUAGCCAAUAUUGCAGUCCCGAUAGAAGCAUUGUUAGAGCGAUGAAAAGUGUUGCUACUGCUGCAAGUGAUAAUAAUGUUUGUGAAGCUUUGGAGAUUGAAAGGAAUAUUUUCCAAACUAAAUGGGGAGGCCCAUUACAUGUUGCUGCUAUAAACAACAAUGUUAAACACAAAUAGUUGAAUAUUAGCAAGAAUGUUUUUGGUGUGAGAGAGAAUAGUGUGAGUGGAAAAUAUUAAAUAAAUUAUCAUGCAUUGUUUCAGUGUUUGUCUUCUCUAAAUUAAAUGCUGAGAAAAUAAAAGACUUUGCUUGGAAAAUACAUAAACACAACUCCAGCCCGAGUGAACAAGUUACAGCUCUGGGACAGCCAUCAGUGAAUCAAGUUGGACCAGAUAAACCUGUGGGAAUAGUGUGAGCAUCAUUCUGUGCAGUUGUGUACAAUGACAGGUAGCAGCUCUGUGGUUCGUCUUCCUCCAUUAUCCAGUGACCUGGGUUAGAAUAGGUAUCCAGUACUAUUGAUUUUCAGAAGAGGCUACGAAAUGGGUUGGUAUGCCCAGUCCAGAUUUACAGAUCAAUGUGUUGGUUUGUCGUUUAACACCACACUCUGCAAUAUUCCACCAAUAUGAUGGCAGUCGGUAAAUAAUCAAGUCUUGACCAGAGAAUCCAGUGACUGACAGGAGCAUUCAUCUACGCAAUUGCGAUAUGAUGACAUGCAUCAACCAAGUUAAGUGAGCCUGACCACCCGAUCCCACUAGUCCGAUCUUGUGACAAGCAUGGCUGAAGUUGAAGACAUAUUCUCGACCCGUAUCCUCACGGGUAUUUGAUCUAUGUGUACAGAUAGAACAUUGCUGACUGUAACAGCAACAAACAACAGGUACGACCUGGGUAACAACCACUUAGAACAGUAUUUCAGUAAUAUCAUGGCCUGUCAUCUUCUUGUAAAAGGAAAGUCCAAAGUGAUGCAAAUUAGGGCUGACUAAAAAGAUUGAUAACUAGAAUUAUCGUUGAUGUGAAGAAAUAUUUACUAUGAUCGAUAUGAAAUUGUGCCACUGAUAUCUUACAUAAUGUAUUGUGAUGAAAUAAAGUUUUAAUUUAUCGAAGCAGACUUGUUAUGUCCAUUGCCAAAGAUGGCAAGCAACUGAUUUUGUUAUAUCAUAAAUGUUGACAAAGUAAUCCAUGCAUAUAUGUGUCACCACUCAACAAAGAUAUGGAUUUGCUCCCUUAAGCAUAUUUGCUCAAAAUUACUUCUCCAAUAUAUUUAUUGUUAAGGCUA